AUUGCUUUCACCGCUUUCUCAUUUUCUCUUCAUAUAAUCUACCUUGUUGCCCUUCACGCUUCAUCGUCGCCAUAUAAGACAUCAGACUCCUGGUGUUCCUUGCAUCUGCCCUUCGACCAGACCAUAUGGAAAUUCGACGACUCUUACCAUUCCAUCACAUCUUCCACCGAGCAACAUUACCCAAAGGGUGACAUACCGCCACCAACCCGUCGACUGAGACUCAAUCAACUUAACUCCCCUGGCCUUCGAGGCCAACAACAUCACACUCAAGAUCGAGGAAUAAUCCUCGCCCCUAACUCCUCCCUUUUCGCUUCAGCAAACCGGCCGCGCCGAGUUUCCUUCCACGAUGCACGAAGACUUGCGAAGACGCGCUCUCGAGAGUGGCAAGACUGUAUCAAACAAAGCAAAAUCAAAAGGAUCCUCCCGAAACAGCUCAAAGGCCAAUUCGGCACCGAAUUCUCGAGCCGCUUCCCGUGUACAAAGUCGGGAUGUCUCAGAUGAUGAGGAUACAGGAAAUGGAAAUCUAAGUGACGAGACGACACAAAGCAUCAAUUCAAUUGAUCAAUUACUUGAAAGCGAUGACUUCAAUGAACAAACCACAGAAAACCUCCGACAUGACCUCUCCACUGCCAUCUCCGAACUCCUCGAUCGCAAAGGCAGCAGUAGCGAAAGCCGACAAACCAAUUUGACCACGUACUGUCGAUGCCUCACCUACCACUACCUGGCAGAAGGACUCUAUGGUCAGGUUGAGGGUCUUCUCACAGCAUUUUCCCGCAGCAUCAAAGCAGAGACCAAUGAAACGGAAACUGGCCUGGCGCUACGAGCCGUUGCCCUCACUGCAAUUACCUAUUCCGCCAGCUCCCUCUACGAAAUGGUGGCGCCUCUUCUCAAGCGCACCAUUUCUGAUUCGCAGUCUCUCCCCACCAAGGCCACUGCUAUUUACACACUGGGUAUCUGCCUAACCUUCGGUGGCGCAGGCGAAGAUGAGAUCAUGGACAUGAUGACAUUUCUCCUCGAGAUUGUGCAGUCAGAUGGCUCUUUCAUCAGUGCCGACGACAACGUCGAUGUUGUAGCUGCAGCUCUCCACACAUAUGGUUUCCUCGCCACCCAAGUGGAAGACGUUGAACACGAAUCUGAAGAUGCUGUUGCUGCUUUCCUGGAUCAGCUGGAUGCCGAUGACGUCAGAGUUCAAAUUGCUGCCGGUGAGAACAUUGCUUUGCUGUAUGAGAAGUCCUACACCGAACGCGAAGAGGAUGACUCAGACUCUUCCGAAGACGACUUCGAGGACGGUGAUGGAGACAAUGAUCAGUCGUCUGAUGAACGCGAUGACUCUGGUUUGGUCAAACGAUACAAUGCCUACCACAAUACCCACGAAGUGCUGGAAAAGACCCAAGCUCUUGCUUCUCUAAGCACCAAAAAUCUCAAUCGCCGCGACAAGAAGAUUCUCCAUCAGUCAUUCGCCACCAUUGCUGUGACGAUUGAAAACCCCAAACGUGGGUUGCAGAGUAACAAUGCCAGCAAGAUGGUGGUUCGAAUUCAUCACGAAGGCGAGAUGCGGGUCGACAAGUGGUGGAAGUUUAUGAGACUGCAUGCCAUCCGACGACUGCUAGGAGGAGGAUUCGUCAACCAUUACUUCGAAGGCAACAAACAAGUCCUUGACGCUCUGCCCUUGAUCAUGCGAGCUACAGGUGCAGAGGGAGUCCGGAGCCCCCGGAAGGCGGCGGGUGCAAACAAGUCGAGCAAAGGAAAGUAUCGAAACGAUCGUCGCUUCGUGUCAUGAGAGUCAAGUCAUAUUCAGUUGGCUGGGACGUUGUUCGACGAGGCAAUCAUUGAGCCUCUUGGAUGGUAUGAAUACUACAAACAUUGGGUUGGAUGUCUGUGCAAUAUCACCUCUUUUCGACCGAUGUCCAGAUGCCACAUUCGAGUCGAGUCGAGUCUCGAGAAUACAAGUAUCGGACGGGCUAGUUUCUUCACUGCUCAAGACGUCAUUAAAUUCAAUGUUUUAAAAGCCACUCAGCAUCAAAGACAGACCGGUGGCACACUCUACUCACCUUUCAUCACUGUUUCGCCAUACAUGUCCACAGGAUACCAAAAAGCCCGAGCAUGAGGUACGACUUAUCGUCAGUCGUGAUCGUUGUCAGGCGUCAGCAUUGGUCGGCAUCGUCAACAUCGUUAAACAUCUCACCGAUAUCAGCAAUCACUAUUUCCAUUUCACGUUCAUUAAAUCGUUCGUUUUCAAGGCGACUACAUGAUCAUCAACCAGGUCAUGUCGCCCAUGAACCCCCAGCCAUUCCCGAUACCCCUUUACGAGCACAGAAAAGUUGAAUGUCAUUUAUUCCCCAACAGCACCAGCACAGCCACACGCGUAUGCACACGCGUACGCACAUACGAAUGUCGACGACAAAGUUACAUGAAUUUAGAGACGAUCAUAUAGUUUUUAACGUAGUAAAUGAGCAUUGCACCACAUUUCCAUCUUA